UCACCGUAAGAGUUAUCUAUUGUUUUUUCUUUUGGUAGGAUAUUAUCUGAUUGAAAUCGAACUCCAUUUUUUAAAUCUGAUACCUUCUGUCUGUAGUAAAUUAUUAUAGUUUGACGCAGUUCACCCCCCAACACUUAUCAACUUCUUCCCUUAUUCUCCUUCUUUAUAAUGUGCAUGCUACUAAAGUUGCAGUGAUUUCAUAGCCAGGCUGAUCUAGCUCCAAAAAAGAAAUGGGAAGAACUGAUGGUUACUUGCCUGCUUUCGCCAUGGUUGGACUGCAAUUCAUCUAUGCAGGAGUUGCUCUUUUCACCAGAGCUGCUCUGCUGAAAGGGCUGAGUCCCAGGGUCUUCGUAGUCUAUAGGCAGGGUAUUGCAACCUUGCUCAUUGCCCCAAUAGCUUUUGUCUCAAGGAGGAAAAAGUCAUCAAGGUGCACUUUGGGGUUGAAGAGCUUUGCAUGGAUAUUGCUGGCCUCUCUUCUUGGUGUUACAGCCAAUCAGAAUGCAUAUUUUGAGGGGCUAUACUUGUCGUCUUCAACAACAGCAAGUGCAAUGACUAAUCUAAUCCCCGCAGUCACCUUUGUUAUGACUGCCAUUCUUGGUAUGGAGAAGGUUAAUAUCCGGAGCCCGAAAACUUUAGCCAAGAUGCUAGGAACAGUAGUCUGUGUUGGUGGAGCCAUUUCCAUGGCAUUGCUCAAAGGCCCGAAGUUACUAAACACACAACUAUUACCAACAAAGUCUUUGUUCAGCCCAGGAGGUGAAAAUUGGUUGCUGGGUUGUCUAUUUCUGCUUGGAAGCAGCUUUUUCUGGUCACUUUGGAUGGUCUUCCAGGUCCCAAUUUCUGAAAGCUGUCCAGACCAUUUGUAUUCAUCUACUUGGAUGUGUUUCUUGGCCACACUUGAAUCAGCAAUAGUGGCAUUGCUAGUGGAGAAAGAUGUAAAAGCUUGGAAUCUGAACUCAUAUAUUGAACUUUCUUGCUGUUUAUAUACGGGAUUCGCCUUGGCGGUGUCUUUCUUCGUUCAAGCCUGGUGCAUUUCCGGAAGAGGUCCCCUCUUUUCUUCUAUGUUUAAUCCCCUAUGCACAGUCAUUGUGACUGCAUUUGCUGCUAUAUUCCAACAUGAGGAGACAUAUACCGGAAGCCUGGUUGGAGCUUUUGCGGUGAUUGUUGGUUUGUACAUAGUCCUAUGGGGUAAAGCUAAAGACCUUGAAGAGAUAGUGCAAGUCAUUGUUUACGAAUCCUCUGGCAAGACUUAUAGAACGGAUAUAGAAGAACCCCUUCUGUCUGAUAACAAUGACGAGAUUGGGAUGAAUCCGAAAUGACAUAUUUUUGUUUUAAGUUUUGUUUCAUUAAAUUAUAAAUGGAUAAAAGUGGAAGAAUCGUACAUUAUACAUGUAAAUCUUGCAAGUUAUUAAUAAUAAUUAACUAGUUCAGCAAAA